AUGGAUUUCUUACUCAUCGCCAUUCUUCUGUUGACUACUGGCAAUCUUGUUCAAUCAAGUUCUACUGCGAAUCCAUGCACAAACUAUUGUUCUAAAGGUGGCGUGUGUCUUAAAACACCACAAGGCCCGAAAUGUAUUUGUUUACCACAAUGGAAAGGAAAACGCUGUGAAAUCCAAGAAGCAACUGGAGGAAACAAUUCAUCACAAGUUGUGCAAGCCGAUCAAGUUCCGAACGGUCCCGGUUUGUGUGAGAUUUUUGCCCCUGAUCUUUGUUUAAAUGGGGGGAUCUGUGAUGUUAAUGAACAAGAAUUUGUUUGUCAUUGCAAAUAUCCGCACACUGGAAAUCGUUGUCAAAAUCGUUCACUGUGUUUUGACUAUUGCUUAAAUAAUGGUCUUUGUUAUCUUCACACCAAUGGCAGUCCGAAAUGCGUUUGUCCGUCAGAUAACGAAGGUGAACGCUGUGAGAAAAUUGUAGUUCCUCGUCCUACAUGUGAUCAGAUGCCUGCUACUUAUUGUAAUACUGGAGUCUGCUUACAUAGUGCAGUACCACCACGUUGCUACUGUCCGUCAGCAUAUACUGGUGAACAAUGUGAGACACGAAUCACACCCACAACCGAACCUUUUGAACGAUGUAGUUUAACAACGUGCCGAAAUGGUGCUACAUGUCAUAACAAUGGUAAUUCCUUCUACUGUCAUUGUCCAAAGCGUUUUACUGGCAAACGCUGUGAGACUAAUUUGGGCUAA